GGGUCUCACUCCCGCUCCGCGCUUCCUUGUGGCUGCGCAGUGGAAAUCCGCACCGAGGAGCUGCUGAGGGGCGCUGGUGUCAUGUGAAAGCGCACAUGCUCUGCCAUUCACGCAGCCCCCCCAGCACUUCUUCCUCCGUGUGUUUUUCCUGCUUUUGCUAACGUAACUCCUUUCCUUCUCCCUCCUCUGCUUCGCCGCUAGCCACCCGCCGCCACUCCGCGGGCCCGCCGACCCCCUCAGGGGCUCCGGGGCGGGCGGGCGGCCCGGGGCAGCAGCCGGGGAGGAGCGCGCCCGGCAGCGGGCAGCCCGCGGAGCCGCGCCCCGCGGAGCCGCCUCGGAGGUAUGGUUUUCUCGGCGGAGCAGAGCUGCUGCGGCGGCCGACGCCUCCGCGGCUGCUGAGACGGGAUUUUUGUGGUGCGGUUCCCGGGCUCUCAGCUUCAUGACUGCGCGGAGCGGGGAGCCAACACCAUGCGAGCACAAAUUGAAGUGAUACCAUGCAAAAUUUGUGGUGAUAAGUCCUCUGGAAUACACUAUGGAGUCAUCACGUGUGAAGGAUGCAAGGGAUUCUUUCGAAGGAGUCAGCAGAACAAUGCUUCUUACUCCUGCCCAAGGCAGAGAAACUGUUUAAUUGACAGAACCAACAGAAAUCGUUGCCAACACUGCCGACUGCAGAAAUGUCUCGCCCUGGGAAUGUCUCGAGAUGCUGUGAAGUUUGGAAGAAUGUCCAAAAAGCAGAGGGAUAGCUUGUAUGCUGAAGUGCAGAAGCACCAGCAGCGACUGCAGGAACAACGGCAGCAGCAGAGCAGUGAGGCAGAAGCCCUCGCCAGGGUUUACAGCAACAGCAUCAGCAAUGGCUUGAGCAACCUGAAUAAUGAAACUGGCAGCACCUACUCAAAUGGGCACGUCAUCGACCUGCCGAAGUCUGAGGGUUAUUAUAAUGUGGAUUCUACCCAGCCUUCCCCAGACCAGUCUGGGUUAGACAUGACUGGAAUCAAACAGAUCAAGCAGGAACCUAUCUAUGACCUCACCUCUGUACCAAACUUGUUUACCUAUAGCUCUUUCAACAAUGGGCAAUUAGCUCCGGGGAUAUCCAUGAGUGAAAUAGAUCGAAUUGCACAGAAUAUCAUCAAAUCUCAUUUGGAGACAUGUCAAUAUACAAUGGAGGAACUGCACCAGCUAGCCUGGCAGACUCACACAUAUGAAGAAAUUAAGGUUUACCAGAGCAAGACCAGAGAAGCUCUGUGGCAGCAGUGUGCCAUUCAGAUCACCCAUGCUAUCCAGUACGUGGUGGAGUUUGCAAAGCGCAUAACAGGCUUCAUGGAGCUCUGCCAGAAUGACCAAAUUCUUCUCCUUAAAUCAGGCUGCUUGGAAGUGGUUUUGGUGAGAAUGUGCCGUGCCUUCAACCCACUCAACAAUACCGUUCUGUUUGAAGGAAAGUAUGGAGGGAUGCAAAUGUUUAAAGCCUUGGGUUCUGAUGAUCUGGUGAAUGAAGCGUUUGACUUUGCAAAGAAUUUAUGUUCCUUACAGCUGACUGAGGAGGAAAUUGCCUUGUUUUCAUCUGCUGUUCUGAUAUCACCAGAUCGAGCCUGGUUAAUAGAGCCAAGGAAAGUCCAGAAGCUUCAGGAAAAGAUUUACUUUGCACUUCAACAUGUGAUCCAGAAGAACCACCUCGACGAUGAGACUUUGACAAAGUUAAUAGCCAAGAUACCAACCAUUACUGCACUUUGCAACUUGCACGGAGAGAAACUACAGGUAUUUAAGCAAUCUCAUCCAGAUAUAGUGAACACACUGUUUCCUCCCUUAUACAAGGAGCUUUUCAAUCCAGAUUCAACCACUGGCUGCAAGUGAAGGGGAUAAUAGAAUUUUCACGUAGUCAUGGAAUGCAUCACUAUUAAUAAAAAAAAAGAAAUGUCUUCAUGAAGAACUUAUGAAAAAUGUCACUACUGCAACACUAGGAAUGUCCUGCACUUAAUAGAAUUAUUUUUCACCGCUACAGUUUGAAGAAUGUAAAUAUGCAACUCUAAGUGGGGAUGUCUUUUUUCUCUUUUCUUUGUUUACCUUUCUUUUUUUUAUUUUUGAACUGACAAUGAUUAUACAAAUAUGGGUGUUAUCUUUUUUUUUUUUUACUUUAUUGAGGGAUGUUUUGGGAGACAACUGUUCCUAGAAUUUUAUUGUAGAUAUACAUGAGAAUAGAGCAGUACUUUGCAGUAUUACUCUUGCUGUUUAUUGUUCAAAUAUAAUUUAAGAAAAUUCCACUUAUUAGACUUGCCUAUUUCUAUGUUUUUAGAUAGUUUAAUGCAUGUGGAAAUUUGUAGCUGUCUUGAAAAUUACAGUGCAUGUAUGGAAUACACAUAUAUAUAUAUGUGCUAUAUACUUUUUUAUAUAUAUAAAAUAUAUAUAUAUAUGUAGGUAUUAUAUGCAUACAUGCUGUAGCUUAAAAAUCCCAUGCCUACUUUUAAAGGAUGUUCAGACCCGCUUCAUGUAUUUCUUACUCUCCAAGUAAUGUAUUAGAUUUACUUUGGGCAAUGAAGAUUUGCUUUGCCAGUCAGAAGUAAUUUAUCAGCUGCCGAUGUAUAAUGACAGGAUCACUUCUGAGAUAUGUGUAAUGUAGUGCAUGUGUACAGCCUGUAAAUGAAACAUCAGGAUUGUAUCAAUGGUGCAAAAGCCUUGUCUGGAAGAUCUUAGUGAAGAGAGGAAAAGUAUUUUUGGAGUUUUCUUCCUGUUAUAGAAAUACAGCAUAUAUAAAAGUGAACACUGUAAGGUCCUGAUGUCAGUAAAGUAUCUGAAACAUGGAGUAAUAAUAUAGACUAUCCCACAUGCAUAUUUUUCUGAUUACAUACAUGACUUUGUUUUAUAUAUACUGCUUUGAAAAUUAGUUGCGAGGCUUGUUUUUUGCUGAACUCAAUGGAAAGACAUGUAGUGAACUCAGCGAAAACCAUAAGAAGUCUAAAAUGUAGCUCUGAAGAGUAGUGGCAGAGGGAGGAAGGGAGGGAAGGAGGAGGAAAGUCAAAGUGAGCAAUGUUCAUGGUUACAAAGGCGAAUGUAAGUAUCACUGUUUCUGACACAGCCACCAUCUAGAUAGGACUAAUGGUUUCCGUUAAACACAUACUUAUAUGUAUGUCACAUACACAUGCGUAUAUGUAUGCGUAUAACUGUGUGUAUAUAACUGUAUAUAUAUACAUAUAUAGGGUUGAUUUUAGAUGCACUUCAGGAGGGAAGCAAAGGAUUGGGUCUUUCUUUUUGUCUGUCUCUGAUUUCACUUCAUGUGCAGUUGCUUGCAAAACCAAAGGCAAACACAGAGGGUAGUGGAAGACUGCCAUGGACUUAAUCUUGUGGAUUAAUUACAGUUAAUUAGCAGUUAUGAUUUAUGUAUUUGGAUACUGCUAGAGAUACAAAACAGACUUUUUAGCUAUGGAAGAGGGAUUCAGUUUCUGCUAUGGCUCUGUCCUUACCACCAUUUCUACCUGCUGAGAGCUUUUGCAGAGAAGCCUCCUCCUGGGACACUAGUGGAGAGAGUGGAGCAGAAAUAAGAAGCAGCAGGUCGCAGAUUAAAAAUGAAGUGAAGGCAGGGUGACAAGCAGAUACGUUUCUUUAUUUCAAAUCGCACAGAAGUCAGUGCAGUCUGAGGCAAGGUGAGGAGGCACAUACUGGCAGGGGCGCAGAGGAUCCCCCAGCUGCACAGCGGAGCAGUGUCUCAUGGAGCCUAUGGGGACUCAGGUGGGCACCAGGCUACGUGCAGAGAAUUAGUUUGUCACAGUGAUAACUUAAUGCCUCCAGCUUUUCCAGCAGGCUCACACAGCCCUGGUCCCGAUCUGUUCCCUCUUCUGCAUGGCCAAAUAAUUCACAGGCUAUUCCAACUACUUUGUGGAGUUUUCCCUUUUCCUCCAUCAGCCGGUUUGCAAGUUUACAUUCACGUUUCAAGACAGAAUCCAGUCUAGACAACAUCAACAUGUAUUUGCUCUGUUUUAGCAAUGUCAGACCAGAUACAAGGGUAGUUACAAACCCAGCUAAUAAGUGUUUCUCUGUAGGUCCCUUCUUACAACUUUAAAAAGAUUAAAAAAUAAAACUUCACAGCAAAGUUAGUUGUGCUGGUAAUUGUGUUGCAAACAUAACAUGCUCUUCAAAAUUACUUAGUCUUAUAGAACAGCAAUAUGUAAAACACUUUUUUCCUCCAAAUUCAGAACACAUUUUCUGAUCUUUGCUGAUUACUUUAAAAUGUCAUCAAUUGACAUAAUAAAGGAUUACUCUUGAUGCUUCUUUAUACUACUUAAACCCUAAGACUGGCAUUCCUUUAUAGGGUAAUUUAUCUGUUUGCAGUCUCUUUUACAUGGCAAAUCCAUGAAUAGGACCCCCAAAUCUAACUCUUUCUCAUAUCAAAAAAACUUAACUGCAUUUAUGUAUUGCUUGUGUGAAUUUCUUUAGGAAAAAAAAAAAUAAAUUCAGACUGAACCUUAGAAGUGUUCAGUUUUAACUUCAAGAGAUUAAUAUUUUCCUUGUCUUUUCCAAUACAAGAACACACAAAUAUAUGUUUGUUUGAAAUCCUUUAUAAACUUGUUUUCAGUAUAUCAAAAGUAACAUAUUUAGCCAACCCCCAGGAAUAUAGAAUAUGUGAUAAAUAUUACUCUUCUUAGUGCUGAUAAAUAGAGGUUAGUCAUUUUUAUAAACAGUCCUUCACAAUUAUGUGUUACAUCUUGAAAAAGUUUUGUUCUUUUCAAAUAAGCUAAUCAGUCCUUGGGAUUUUUUACUUAUGUCUUAGGCAAGAUAACCAAAUGGAGAUCACCAGUGCGAAAGACAUUAUUUAAUCAUCCACAGGGCUUUCAAUCCUUAAAGCACUAUUCUUAAAUCACUGCAACCUCAUGACCUUUACAAUUAGUAAGGAUUACUGCCACUUUUUACAGAUGCAGAAUUCAAGGAGAAGAAGUUAAAUUAGUUGCCAGGCACCACACAGGUAGCAGUGUCCAGCCCUGGAACAAUAAUGGAUUCUUGCCUUUUUUCCAAAAAAUAUUAAGAUGCUGGUAUACAAAAUCUUCAUUGCCAUUGGUAGGCAAUAGUCUGUUAAAACAAUUACAAUCAUUGCCAACAGAUUUUUUUUUUUCUUCAAAUAAAGUUAA